GGAAAGCACCCUAUGAAUGCACCCUAUAAACAUGCAGUGGUCCUGCCGUGUCUCUCAGUCUGUGGAGACAGCCGUGGGGAGCGAAGCGGAGCCAGUCUUAGAAGAAGGCAUAGAAGAGUGAUAUCCAGCUGAUCUCUGAACAAUAUCUGAGGCCCACCUCCACUAGACACUGCCAGUCCACAUCCCCAGUGGCCAAGCCCUUUGCUGCAAGCAUGGACAUUGUGGAGAGGGUCCUUUCUGUGGCCCAGGCCAUCCAUGCCCAAUUCAAGCAGGUCAAGUGCUGUAAGCACCAGUGCCAGCGCCUUGUGGAGCGCAUCCAGAUUCUGCUGGAGCCUGUGAGGAUCCUCAAGGCUCAGCUGUCAAAACACAUCUCCUACCAUGAAGAGGAACUGCUGAAGAAGCUGCUGGGGACGCUGGGGGAAGCCCAGAGGCUGGUGAUGAAAUACAGCCAGACCAGCUGGAUCCAGAAGUUCCUGAGAGCCCGAAGCAUGGGUGAGGUUUGGGAGAAUGAAAGCCUGGAGGACAUUGCCCAGGGGCUCUCGCUCCUCCUCCAGGCAGAGCAGAACCAGGCUUUCCUGGAGGCUUUCCAGGCAAAGACAUGCCGCAGGCAGGAUGCUGAGGACCUGAGGGAUGAUAAGGCUUUCUUGCACCAGGUAAUUGCAAGUACUGAGGAGCCUGAAGACACGACCAGGGAGAUCUACAUUGACAGGCAAUGUAUGGAGAGCAAGGUGGACUGGAUGCAAAGCGAGCUGAACAAAAUCGUGUGUGUGAUGCACUGCUUGAAGAAGGUCAAUGUUGGUAAAAGAGAAGACGUCACUGAGAUCAAGUGGGACCACCUCACCUUCAACAGGAAACUGCAGGACACUGAGAGCUACAACCUCUACAAGGGCGAGUACCUCAAGUACCCCGUUGCCAUCAAAACCUUCAAGAGGCCAUGACCACCGACCUGGCUUGAGUUGUAAGACAUCUUUGAGAAGGAGGUUCAGACCCUGAAGAAGUUUGAGUCUCCAAACAUCCUGCGUGUGUAUGGGAUCUGCAUUGAGGAGAAAGAUGGGAGCCCCUGCUUCUCCAUUGUCAUGGAGUACUGCAAGCAUGGGACACUGCGGGAUGUGCUGACCAAGCAACAGCAUCUCUCCUGGGACAUUCACAUUCGGAUGGCUCUGGGAUCUGCCAGAGGCCUUUACAGGUUGCACCAGAUGGAGGAGAAGUCCCGACUCCAUGGCUGCAUCUGCAGCAGCAAGUUCCUGGUGGACGGGGAUUACUGUUUGAAGCUUUCAGGAUUUGAGCUGUGUGAAACGGAGUCAUUCGUCAAGAGGAAAGCCAAGAAUAACUGGAAACAAGUCUCUAUGUUGGCUUACAUUGCUCCUGAGAACCUGAAAGACGUCAACUACCCCUACAGGCGGCCUUGUGAAAUAUACAACUUUGGGAUCGUGCUGGAGGAGAUUGCUACCUCCAAAAUCCCAUUUGAAGGCUGCACUGCCCAGGAGAUCAUGGAGAAAAUCUGCAAGCACCAAUACCAGGAACCUGUUGGGGAUGAUUGUCCCGAAGAGCUGCUUAAAGUCAUUGACCAGUGCCGAGCCUUUGACCCUUCCCAGCACCCUUCUGCUGAGGAGAUCGUGGAUGCACUGUCUGACCUGGAGAGAAGCAGAAACCAAGGAAGCUAACUGGGAAGCAUGGGUGGGCAGCUGAAAGCAGCUGGGAGCUUUGGAGUAACCCAAGGGGGAGAAGCAGCACACAGCGUGCUACUCGCCCCCCUUUCCUGCUCACAGAGACUGCUUGUUCAAUACACUUAUGUUUGAGACCCUCACCCUUACAGGGGUCUGAGGCGAGGGCACCCUGCCACAGGCUUUACCCUGGAGAUGUUGGCUCCAGGGGCUACAAAGGGGGGGACGCAAAGGGAGGCUGGCAGGAGCAGCCGGGGAGACGUGAAGGGAACUAGAGGGAGGGCACAAGGCUGCAGCCCC